AUGCAAAAUAAUUCAACUCAUUCUAGAGAGUCAGUUUCGGCUGGCGAUGAUCCUCUUGGAAUUGAUAAGCUGACAGUUGAUUACGACUACUUACUUUAUAAAAUCAAAGAUUAUGUACAGAGUAUACAAUUGGAUACAACUGAGCUUUGCAAGAAGCAAAAUGAACUAAUAGUGAGUGGCAUUAUCGAAAAUACCAUAGAUAAAAACAUCGUCAAAUUCGAGGAGCUUCUCAAGAAAUGUGAUGAGUUAGAAAACCAUUUUGAGAUGUUAAACCAAUUAGCAACGAUAACUGAUGCUUUCAAGGAGAGGAUAGCAGCAGCCGUGCACGAUUACAAUGAAUUAAAGAAGGGCAUUAAUAAAACUAAAUAG